ACAUGGAUAAUGCUGAGUUCCCGUACGCUCUCUGCGUGGAGGGCCAGUGGGACCCCCGUACUCCUAAACUAAAAAACAAGUUUAUAAUCUAUUUCCAGAGUAAGAAAUCCGACGGGGGCGAUUGUGUGGUUGAAUACAGCGUUUCUGAUGGGCAAACAGCGACUGUUCGGUUCAAAACAGAGCAAGUGAGACGGCGAGUUGUUAAUAAACAAACGCAUGAACUCAAGAUUGGUCAGAAAACUGUGAAAAUCACUGUGAGUCUUCCGUCAUCAGAGGCCUCAGAUCCCCAGGAAGCAACGUCUUCAGUCAGCACAAUCACGGCGGGUGAACCACUGAGGGAAGAAGAGAAGACGACUGAGUCAUCUGAGGAAAAUGAAGAAGACACAACUAUAAGAUCAGCUGUAAUUGAAAACAUUCAAAACAGUAAUCAAGAGUUUCUGACAAUUCUGGUUGAAAAUGUGCUGAGAGGAUCUUCAACUGAAUCCAAUGACUUCAGCAUUGAAAUAAUACCAGAAAGCAACUGUGCUGUGGUGACAUUUUCCAAUAGAAAGGAUACAGAGACUUUUAUCAUAUCCUGUCAAAGCAAUGCAAUGAUUAAGAAGAAAAACAUGAAAGUGGGAUUGCUUGAGAAGACUUGUAAAGUGAAAGCUGAAGGCCUACCUCCGAACACAAACUCUGACUACCUCAUGCUCUACUUUGAGAAAUUUGGAGAAAUAGAGGACGAUGGGGUAACAGUUGAUACGGACGAGUCAGCAAUAAUUACUUUUGCAAAUCCUGAAGAUGUGCAAAAAGUCAUCAAACUUUCACAUCAGAUUAAGAAACAUCCGUUUAAAGUACUGCCAUACAAUGAAAAGCUACAAACAGCUCUAUAUGGCAAAGACAGACCCACCCUAAAACUACCAGAGGCAUUUACGGAGAAGAUGGACAGAAAUGUAUGGCACCACUUAAAGGAAAACCAAAUAUCUCUAGAUUUAGUCAAGCAAGCAAUGUCCUGUCAUUUUUGUGUGAUGGAUUUUCAGUCGUCAGAAGUAAAGAUCAGUCCUUUGCCAUCUCUACUUCACCAAGGUGAGCAGACAAGAAAACUUAUUCAGACAUGGAGAGAAAAUGCCCUCUCUGGGUUCACCAUGUCAAUGUCUAAGUUCAAAUCCGUUGAGCUCCACAUUCAGAAAGAUGCAUGGACAGAUGUACAGCCUGAAAUUUACGAAACAGUGGCAGAAGAGGCAGUCACACUAGUUCCCUAUGCGGAUGAAGGGACAAUAGCUGUAGCCGGACUGAAAGAACAGGUGAACGACAUUGAGAGAACUCUGAAAGAAACUGUCCAGAGAAUCACCCAAAAAAUCCAAAGAGAGAAGGGCAGCGAGUCAGAUGAAAUCAGCAUGACUCCAUCUAUUUACAAUCUUGUUCUCUGUGAUGGACUGAAGCAAGAAACUAAUGACAAAUUUCCUGAAAUGGACAUAACAUAUCUUGUGCACAGCCAAAAGUUAACUCUUUAUGGUCUAAAAGAUGAGGUCCUGGAAACAAAAAACAAGAUACUGGAGGCCGUUCUUCAUUUGAUUCGUAAACCAACUGAACUCAAUCAGUCUGUUUUAGAUUUUCUGCUGAAGAAGGAUCUCGAGGAGAUGACCAAAGAUUUGUUUUUUAACAAAGGAGUCAAUGUUGCUUUAGAAGCUGAUGGACAGAGAGUUUUGCUCGUUGGGAAAACAGACAAGGACUUGAGUGUUGGAGAGAAGCAGCUGCAGACAGACCUGGGUCAUCUGAGCUUCAAUGUAGAUGAUCCUAGUGUUUUCAGAAGAUCAGACUGGCAAGACCUUGUCUCUAACAUAAAAAACAAUUUCAGAACUGUUGCUGUACAGACAUGUGCUAACAAAGUUGUGGUUUCUGGCUUUGUAGACUCCAUUAAUGACGUUGAACAACAGUUAUAUGAUUUUGUUCAGGAAAACUCUCACAUGGAGAAAACUCUGAAUGCUCAUAAGACUGUUAUCACAUUCAUAAAAGAUCACAGAAAGCAAGACUGGUUUGAAGAGGUGAAAGGUAAAGUGAGUGUGGAUUUCAAAAAUGACAGCAUCGUGAUCAGUGGCCCAAAGCUUCAUGUCUGUGACUGUGUGCCUUUGUUUGACAACUUGUGCACAUCUGCCCAUCACUGCACUAUGAAAAUAGUUAAACCAGGAGCAAAGAAUUUUUUCAAAGAGAAAGAGCCUAUGUGUGUUUCAUAUGCCAAGACAAAUAUGAAUUGUUUGGUCCAGUUAAUAAACGAGUCUGACCACCCACAUGACACAGUUGAACCACGAAAAGUCAAAUCUGUCUAUCAAUUUAAAACACGUGAGGGAAUGGAGAUUACUGUACACAAAGCUGACAUGUGUUCAUUUCAAGUGGAUGCAGUGGUUGGUGCGUGUAAAGAAACCCUCCUACUGGAUGGAGGAUUAGCAAAGGCACUCUCUGAUGCUGCUGGUCCUAAACUUCAGAAAGACUGUGACAAGCUUGUUAAAGGACGGAAAUUCACAACAGGAGAUGCAGUUCUCCUCGAUGCAGGAGGGCGUCUGCAUUGCAAACAUGUCAUUUUAGCAAUAGGGCCACAUUAUAAUUCUUCCAAACCUCAAGAAUCUGAAAAGCUCUUGAAAAAAGCUGUCAAGAGGAGUCUGAAUGUGGCAGAUCAAGAAAGCUUCCAGUCCAUAGCAAUUCCGGCCAUCAGUUCUGGUGUGUUUGGUUUCCCAAUGGACCUUUGUGCAUUCACCAUUGUAAAAGCCAUAAAGGAGUUCUGUGAUUUUGUCGAAGGAGACAUUGCAUUGACGAAGAUUCACUUAGUUGACAAUAAUGAUAAGACAGUUCAAGCCUUAGAAGCUGCAGUGAAAAAAGUUUAUGGUGUCAGUGACCAGAGCACAACUGGAAGCAGUUCAAGCAGCCAACAGCAAAACAAAGCAAGUGCUUCUCCAAGCCAACAUCAGUUAACCACAUUCUUUCAAGGAGCAUCACAAACAGAAAGUUUUCAGACAAAAGAAGGUUUAACCAUCACCCUAAUGAAAGGAAAUAUUGAGGAUACAACAAUGGAUGUUGUUGUGAACACUCUCAGCAGUGAUCUAAAACUUAAUGUUGGAGCUGUUUCAAAUGCCCUUUUUAAAGCAGCUGGUCCACAGCUUCAGGAUCUGCUCGAUCAGCAAGCCACAGGCCCUGCAAGCAGUGGUGCAGUCUUUGAAACAGCAGGAGCAAACCUGAAGAAUAAACUGGUGUUCCAUGCUGUUGUACCACACUGGAAUCAGGGACAAGGAAAUGAGCAAAAGGUGCUGGAGAAUGUGAUGGAUACAUGUUUGUGUAAGGCAGAGCAGCGUCAGCAGAGCUCCAUUGUAUUCUCUGCUAUUGGCACUGGAAACCUGGGAUUUCCAAAGUCACUGGUAGUCAGUACAAUGCUGGACUCAGUCUUCAAGUUUAGCACUAAAAGAAGUUCUAAACACAUACAGGAAGUGGCAUUUGUUCUUCACCCCAAAGAUACACAAACCAUCCAGGUGUUCACAGAUGAGUUCAGCAAAAGGUUUUUGGGCCAGUCUGCCUCUGCAAGUAACUCCACACAACCCCAAAGUACAGGCCCCUUCUCAAAAGUCACAACAAAAUCUGGCAUUCAUGAGACUACAGUGGGAGGAGUAACACUUCAGGUCCUGAAUGGUGAUAUCACUACUGAACAAACAGAUGUUAUUGUGAACUCCACUACUAAGGAAUUCACACUGAAAGCAGGUGUCUCGAAGGCUAUUUUGGAUAAGGCUGGUCCAAAUGUUGAAGCAGAGUGCCAGCAACUUGGAGCCAAGACUGACAGUGGACUGAUAAUGACUCAAGCAGGAAAUUUACAGUGUAAAAAAAUCAUCCACAUUGCAGCACAGAGUAAUGCUAUUAUGAUCCAAAAACACGUUAGAAAGGCUCUGGAAAUGUGUGCUAAGGAAAAGUUAACCUCCAUUGCAUUUCCAGCUAUUGGUACAGGACAAGCAGGUUUGUCUCCAGGUCAAGUAGCAGACUCCAUGCUGGAUGGUAUGCUGGAGAUGCUAAGAAAGACUCCCCAGUCCAGUCUCAAGUUGAUCAGGUUAGUUGUGUUUCAGGCACACAUGCUCCCUGAGUUCCUCAAAAGUAUGCAGAAUCGAGAAACUGGACCUGCCAAACAAGAGAAAGAGAGCACAUGGUCAAAAAUCAAAGCAUUUGCAGCCACUGCUAAAUCAUACCUCACUGGAUCUUGGGAGAAAGAAAUAAAACAACAUGGUGGCAAAGACUUUGUCAUUGAUGGUGUGGAAGUUGAUCCAGUCUUUUUUUCAAUCUGUGGACCAUCAAAAGCAGAAGUGGAUCAAGCUAAGAUUUUCUUAGAGGACAUGAUCACUAAAGAACAAGUGUUCCAGUCUAUCACAGACACAGCCAUACUUUCCUUAUCAGAUAAAGAUCAACAGCGAAUCCUGGACCUGCAAAGCACCAUAGAUGUGACUAUACGGCUAGAAUACAAAGCCAAUAAAGCUACAGAUGAGUCUCCAGGAAAGGCCACACUCAUAGUACAAGGUCUUAGUCGAGAUGUGCUAAAGGCCACUCACGAAAUCAAUGAAAUGCUUAAGUCAGCCAAAGAAAACGAGAUCCUAAAAAAGGAAAUGAAUUUGAUGAGUGAACUUGUGGAUUGGCAGUUUGAACAGGGUGGGCAAUAUAAGAGUUUUGAUGAACGUACAAAUUUAGAAUUGGAAAAGGCCCUUUCCAGACAAGCUGCAGACACCAGUAUCACCUUCCAAGGCCAAACUUACCAGGUCAAACUGCCUGAAGGUCCUGCAGUGAACAAUGCUGGUGGAAACCAGAUGAACAUCAGACGCAUUGACAAACUGAAAGCAACUGAAAGUAUUCCACAGCAUUGGGAUGCAAUGGGGUCUAAUGAAUUAAACAAAAAGUUCAAUUUGCAACCAACUAGCACAGAAUACCAAGAUGUGUUGGGGCGCUUCAAGGCAACUUGUAGAAACAACGUCUUGAAGAUUGAACGAGUCCAGAAUCCUGGGAUGUGGAAGAACUACCUGAAUAACAAAAGUGUCAUGGAAAAAAAGAAUGGUCAUCAAAACAAUGAGAAAAGACUCUUUCAUGGAACCAGUGAGCAGACUAUCAGUCACAUUGAAAAAAGUGGCUUUAAUCGGAGCUAUGCAGGAAAAAAUGCUGCAGCCUAUGGAAAUGGCACCUAUUUUGCACUUAAUGCCAGCUAUUCGGCCAGUAACACAUACUCAGUGCCAAAUGCUCAGGGACAUAAGCACAUGUACCUCUGCAGAGUCCUAGCAGGAGACUACACUAAAGGACAAGGGGGGAUGAUUGUGCCACCAGCAAAAAAUGCCAACUGUGACCUGUACGACACGGUUGUGGAUAACCCUGCUGCUCCCACUAUUUUUGUAGUAUUCCGAGAUGAUAAUGCUUAUCCGGAAUAUUUAAUCACCUUUACUUAAACUCACUGAAGAGAAGUCAUUUCAGACAUCACAUCAGAUAUACAAUCAGGAAGAUUUUGCAAAAAGAAAAAAAAGUUAUAAUAAUAAUAGAGUUCUUUAUUGACUUAAAAUUUGAAAGGGCUUUACUUCUGACAAAUUUAUUGUGCCUUAUAAUAAAUUUAUUUUGUUAUUUCUGCUGUAAAACGUUCAGCUGUUUACACAUUUUUGUCUCUUUAAUUCCAAUGAUUUCACUGUAUUUUUAUUAAAUUUGCAUAAAUAAUACACUGAGAAGCCAGAUUGAAGCAAACU